UAGGCGUGGUCAAACUAUGUUUAACCACACCCAUUAAAAUGGGGCGCCAUGGGAAGAAUCAAACAGCCUCUGCUGUGUACAGCUAUCAUGAAAAGAAAAAAGACACGAAGACAUCUGGAUAUGGCAGUAAAACUGUGCGACUCGGAAAAGACUCGCUACAAGAAUUUGAUUGCUGCUGUCUUUCUCUUCAGCCAUGUAGAAAUCCUGUCAUAACUCCUAAUGGGUAUCUCUUUGAGAAGGAAGCCAUCUUGGAGUGCCUCCUCCACCAGAAGAAAGAGUAUGCUCGGAAGAUGAAAGAAUACGAAAAACAAAGCAAGAAAGAAGAAGAAGAACUGGCAUCACUAGCUGAGGCAGAAGCAAGGGAUCGUGUGGAAAAAUUUAUUGGUAUUAGCUCCAGUACUACCAGUACAGAAAAAUCAGAGAAGCCUAAACUACCCAGUUUCUGGGUACCAUCACUCACACCACAUCACACAUCAACUAGUAUCAAAAAACCAGAUAGCAAGACUUAUUGUCCGAUGAGUAAUCAGCCACUGAGAGUGAAGGAUCUGAUACCAGUCAAGUUCACUCCGUCAGGUGAAAAAACUUCAGCUACCAGCAAAGCAAGGCAUAUAUGUGCUGUCACCAGAGAUGUACUAAGUAAUUCAACACCAUGUGUUGUACUAAAACCAAGUGGAGAUGUUGUGAUGCAGAGUUGCUAUGAGAGACUUAUCAAGGACACAAUGAUAUGUCCUUUAACUGGCAUCAAAUUAAAGGAGAGCGAUAUUAUACCAAUCAUUAGGGGUGGGACUGGGUUUGCUGGUGCUGGUGUAGCAUUGAAGGCAAAGAAGAAAGGAGCGGCGCUAAUGGCUUAAUAUCAUGCUAGUUUUUUUC